AUGUCUCAAAUCGAGCUCGGAAAGAAAACUGAGGAACAGCUCUGGGAUUGGCCCCUUCAUGGACAAGAUGGCAUCGUUAGGGUUCACGAGGACGGGAAGGACUUCGAGAUCGGUCUGGAUGCCAAGUACUUCACCGAGAAGGAGAUUUCGGUGAAAGUCAAUGGUGAUCGCAUCGACAUCGACUUCGAGCACGAGAUUCGCUCGGACAAGUUCGGUACUGUCACGCGAAAAGUGAGCCGCUGCUAUCACCUCCCAGCCGGCUCCGAUCCAAAAUCGAUUCACUCUCAGCUUUCUGAGGGAAUCCUCUACAUCCGCGGAAAGAAACUU